GACGGACCCAUGUUCCGCAUCCAUCCCAGCUCCGUAGACGCCCGAGAAACAGACGCUCUUAGAGGUUAAAAGCCACGGGACCCCGAAACCAGCUCCGGCCGUUUCCUAGAACGUUUCGGGGCCGUGUCUGAGCUAUAAUUCAACGUCUCCCGCACUCGAUUUCAACGUCUGCCUUUCGAGCGCCAUGUGUGAAACUAUCGCCAGGGCUCGGAACCUCGCACAAUGAAUGAAUGACCCGGAAACGAUGCUCCGUUGGGCCAUUACGGCUCGCGCGGGGAACUCGACUCACUCACACUACCUAACCUAACUUCAACUGGUCCAGGGCGCCCGUUGACCAUUGUGCUCUAUUGCUGCAGCCAACAGACUCAUGUGCUGUAGGUAGAGAGCCCGGUAGAACGGAUGCACCUCCCGUCCCUUGAGGUACCUAUCAGCAUCCUUGAAAUGGUAAUCCACCAACAGACGAGAUGUACAAUGAAAGACGUUUCCUCAAUGUUCCUACCUUAGGUACCUACUCUUUUCCAUUGGAGUGAGUCCACAUGGGAAGAUGACUGGUUCAACAGUUGACUUCCAUUCCGUGGCAACUUAUCUAGGUAUCCUUUCGCUGUGCUUCUAUUACAUAUCGAUACUGAUAUCAUUAACUCGAAUUAUUUAUUGAUGCAAGACUGGACGAUUGACUUGACCAGGCUUGAUCUUCCCGGCGAUCACUCCAUCUCAUGUGUAACCAGCACUAACUCCGUAACUUAGCUGACUCUUUACUAUUGAGCUGACUCUGGAAAUCACCGCCGCCUGAGGUUUUUUUCUUGCUCUCCCGUCUGCAUUGAUUGCUUACCCAUCAGAACAGCUAGAGACUGGCCGCCCGAGCUGUCGCUUUCUAUCCCUGUUCUUUAUAUCAGUCGUGCAUCAUGACACUUGAUAGCAGCAACCACGCCGUCCAUCAUCCACAAGCAAUUCACCUACAACCUCUUGAACGUGCCCGCAGCAGUUCACGACAAUCAACCACCCGCAAUGGCUCGAGUACAGCUUUCGAGCCUGCGAUGGCUGACGAGAAUGAGACUAUCGCUAGGAGCGCAUCUCAUAUGACCGAUGUCGAGAGUCAACUCACCGCCACUGGUCGCCGGCAAACCAGCUGCCUCGAUCGCGAUCCAUAUGGCCUCUCCCGCGGGUACAAGACCGAGUCUGAUCUGGAACAGAUCAAGGCCAACACUUCACGGAAGCGCGAUAGCCUGCCUGGCCGUAAAUCUGUUCCCAGCAACAUGGGCCCCAAGGCAAAGGCUCGCAAGCUGCAGGGCUUCUACAAAAACCAAAAUGCCGCCAUUGAUCGCAUGCUCAAGUCCGUUGAGGAUCAUCGUGACGAAGCCCGUAACCAGCAUGGCGAAGACCAACUCAAGUUUCGCAUUGCUGUCUGGGGCUCUUUUGCGGCCAAUGUUGUCUUGUCAGGAGUUCAGCUCUACGCUGCCAUCUCUUCAGGAUCUCUUUCUCUCUUCACCACCAUGGCUGACUCCAUAUUCGACCCUCUUAGUAACCUCACCCUCAUUUUGUCGGCUCGAGCCAUUCGCCAUGUCGAUUCUCGGCGUUUUCCUGCCGGUAAAGCUCGCCUCGAGACUGUCGGCAACAUUGUCUUCUGCUUUCUCAUGAUUGCUGUCUCACUCAUUAUCAUUGCUUUUGCUUGCCAAGAACUAUCUAGGGAGGUCCAAGAGAAGGAAUUCAAAAUUGCUGCCGUUAUAUCUGUCUGCUGUGCUUUCGCCACCAAGUUCGGGGCUCUUUCUCUACUGCUGGGCACUCAAGGAUAAGUAUAGCCAGAUCAACAUUCUUUGGCAAGACCACCGCAACGAUCUUUUUAUCAAUGGCUUUGGUAUCUUGACUUCAUGUGGUGGCGCGAAACUGAAAUGGUGGAUCGAUCCCAUGGGCGCUAUCAUUCUGUCUGUCCUCAUCUCAUCCAUCUGGUUGCACACUGCCUUUGGAGAAUUUCUACUCAUCGUCGGAGUUACUGCAUCUGUCGAAACGCAGCAGCUCAUCACGUAUGUGUGUGUUACACAUGACGACGCAGUUGUUGGCAUCGAUACCGUGCGCGUGUAUCACUCGGGUCCUCGCCUGAUCGCCGAAGUGGACAUUGUCAUGGACCCGACACAAACACUUCAAGAAAGCCAUGAUAUAGCAGAGGCGCUGCAGAUCAAGCUGGAGGAUCUGCCAGACAUUGAGCGAGCAUAUGUCCACAUUGAUUACGAGACGACACACAAACCAGAACAUGCAUUUAAGAAGAAUAUGUAGGUAUAGCUACGGAAUGUGUUUCCAGGGGGGUUCUGGGCCAAGAAAGGCAUCCUGAGCGGCUGGGAAGGCGUUUGGAGUUUAUUUGGCGAGACAACUGAGUUAGAUGCCGUACUCGGGUAUACGAUCAAGGAACCAGGGACAUUUGUUCUUGGGAGGCUGAAGGCGCGAUGACGAGACUCAACGGACACAGGGAGCGAUGGUGCAAAUCCUAUCUUAGUUGGUUUUUGCGGUAGAAGUAAAAGCAUCAUAAUGCAACAAUGGCUCACGUGGACUAUGCAGGCGAGAGCGUGUGAUGCAUAUAAAUCAAGCUGGUAGCACGAUUAAACUAGGUCGAGGCGAGCUAAUGCAGAUGCCGGCAUUUCAGAAGCGCUAAGAUCCGGGGAAUACAUACACAAGGGGCAAUUUUUUUCUCUAGUAAUAAAUUUAUGUCAAAUUGAGAUAGCUAGAUAGGUAUGAAGUGAAGUGAGACAAACUGGCAUGAACGGUUUCUACUCGUCUCGCGUGUCUUUGUCCCG